AUGGCUUCUAUGGCUCUGAAAUCAUCUCCAUCGCCAUUUUCUGGGCAGUCGCAGCUCCAGUGCAUCCAGCCUUCAGCACGAUCAUCAUCUUUCAGAGUAAUGUCCAAAAAGGCAAAGAAAGUUCAGAGUUCUCAGCCUUUCGGGCCCGGGGGAGGAUUGGAAUUGAAAGAUGGUGUUGAUGCAUCUGGAAGGCCAGCCAAGGGGAAGGGCGUCUACCAGUUUGCCAGCAAGUAUGGAGCAAAUGUUGAUGGGUACAACCCAAUAUAUAACCCAGAAGAAUGGUCUCCAAGUGGUGACUACUAUGCGGGAGGAAAGACAGGGUUGUUGCUCUGGGUGGUUACUCUUGCUGGAAUUCUGCUGGGUGGUGCUCUGCUUGUUUACAAUACUAGUGAUUUGGCUUCUUGA